AUGAUCAGGAAAAGGUACACUCUGAAAGAGCCUGAGGUCAAAGACUAUCUGAUCAAAGGAGAGAGGUUCAUAAAAUGGAAGGAGGACUCUACACGUACUACACCAGUUAUAAUGAAAAUUGAUCCUAAAGGAUUCUACCUCUACUGGAUCAACCAGAGUAAGGAAAUAGAAUUCUUGGAUAUUGCAACCAUACGGGACACAAGAACAGGAAAAUAUGCAAAACUCCCAAAACAGCCAAAAGUUCGUAAUGUGUUCAAUAUGGACUUCCCUGACAGCAAUCAUUUAGCCAGAACCUUAACAAUAGUGUCCGGUCCUGACACUGUCAAUCUUAUGUACCACAACUUCUUUGCCAGCAAAGAGAAAAUAGUACAGAACUGGGCAGAUGAAAUCUUGGCAAUUGCCUACAACUCUAAGAGGGCCAAUAUCUGCAGACAAGAUUUCCUGGACAAAGUGUAUGUUCGUCUCUCACUGCAUACCAACAAAGAUGGCAAGAUACCAGUCAAACAUAUCCAUAAGAUGUUUCCUGCUGACAAGAAAAGGGUGGAGAACGCACUGGCAUCUGCACACCUUCCCAAGGGAAAGUUUGAUUCUAUAAAGCCUGACGCGUUCACUGAAGCUGCAUUCAAAACCUUCUUGUCAAAUCUGUGUCCAAGGCCAGAUAUCUAUGAAAUCUUCACCUCCUACUCUUCCAAGCCCUACAUGACAAAGGAGAACUUUUCCAAGUUCCUUUAUGAGAAGCAGCGUGACUCACGGCUCAAUGAAGAGCUUUAUCCACCGCUACGGCCCGACCAGGUGAAGGCCCUCAUCGACAAGUAUGAGGCGUGCUCCCCUAACGCCAACCGAGGCCAGAUAUCCCCUGAGGGAUUUCUCCUCUACUUAAUGGGGUGUGAGACAUCGCCUGUGAUGUUAGACAAACUGGCCCAGUGUCAUGAUAUGAACCAGCCUAUUCCCAACUAUUACAUCAAAUCCUCUCACAACACCUAUCUCACUGCUGGCCAGUUCUCUGGUGUCUCCUCUCCAGAGAUGUACCGCCAGUGUCUACUUGCUGGCUGCCGCUGUCUGGAGCUGGACUGUUGGAAGGGCAAACCACCGGAGGAGGAGCCAGUCAUCACCCACGGCUUCACCAUGACAACCGAGAUCCUUUUCAAGGAUGUGAUUGAAGCUAUUGCAGAGAGUGCAUUCAAAACAUCAAAGUAUCCAGUCAUUCUCUCCUUUGAGAACCAUGUGGAUUCAGUAAAGCAGCAGGAGAAAAUGGCUAAUUACUGUAAGACAAUAUUUGGAGAUGCUCUACUCACUGAACCCCUGGAGAAGUAUCCACUGAAGCCAGGCCAGCAGAUUCCAAGUCCUGCUACGCUGAUGGGAAAGAUCCUGAUCAAGAACAAAAAAAACAGCACACCAGAGCCCAAAGCAGACCAGGCUAAUGUAAAGAAAGCACCUGGUCAGGAUCAGCAGCAGGGUUCUGGCAACCCAGCUGAUCCCAGCCAAACCGCCCCUGCUAACCAGGAGGGUCAGGAGGAGCCAGAGGAGCAGGAGGAGCAGGAUGAGGAGAAGAUGAAGAACUCCGAUGAGGGAACUGCUGGACAGGAAGUAACAGCCUAUGAAGAGAUGUCUGCGCUGGUCAACUAUAUACAGCCAAACAAAUUCAUCUCUUUUGAUAAUGCUAAGAAAAAGAACAAGAGUUAUGUGAUCUCCUCUUUUGUGGAAACCAAAGCAGAGAGUCUGAUGAGCAAAACUGCUGUGGAGUUUGUAGAAUAUAACAAGAGGCAGAUGAGCCGUAUUUAUCCAAAGGGAACGCGCAUGGACUCCUCCAACUACAACCCUCAGCCCUUUUGGAACGUAGGAUGCCAGAUGGUGGCGCUAAACUACCAAACCAUGGAUUUCCCCAUGCAACUGAACAUGGCGCUGUUCGAGUUUAAUGGGAGAACAGGGUACCUUCUCAAACAUGACCUGCUGCGGAGAAACGACAAGACGUUUGACCCCUUCACAGAUAGGUUUGACACCAUUGUGGCCAACACUCUCAUGAUAAAGGUCUACUCAGGCCAGUUCCUCUCUGAUAAAAAUGUGAAAACAGCAGCGGAGGUGGAACUCAUAGGUUUGCCUGGGGAUUCCAAACGCAAGUACCGCACCAAACUGUCGCCCACUGCUAACCCCAUCAACCCUGUGUGGAAUGAGGAGUCAUUUGUGUUUGAGAAGAUUCUGUUGCCAGAAAUGGCAUCUCUCCGGAUAGUAGCCUAUGAGGAAGGAGGAAAAUUUCUUGGUCACAGAAUCAUACCUGUUGAUGCAAUCCAAUCAGGAUUCCACCAUAUUUGCCUGCGUUCAGAGAGUAACAUGCCUCUGACUCUACCAUCUUUGUUUGUCUACAUUGAGGUGAAGGACUACAUCCCUGCUGCUUUUGCUGAUUUCACAGAUGCUCUCUUUAAUCCUGUAAAGUCUUCAAAGCCAGCAAAACAGGAGAGUGCCACUUAUGUAAGCCCAUAUGAGUUGCCUCUUGCAUCUGCUCCUGGGUCUCUUCCUGUAACAAAGGGCGAUAUUAAUCCUACAGCUCAAAACGGAACGUCUGCCGCUGACACGGGCAUCUCUGACACAGAGUCACUGGUCUCAGAGCCCACCGCCCUAGCAAAGCUUGGCUUAGAUGAAAAACCAGCACUGUGUAAUCAAGAAGCAGACCCUCCUGCACCACCUUCUUCUGGAGAUUCUCCUGAGGUCCAACCUAAUUCUGUGGACCCUAGAACCUCAGAGGAGCCUCUGGAAGUAAAUUCUGCACUGUGUAGAAUACCUGAGACAAAAACAUCAACACAACGUCCCCCGGAUUCCUGCAAUAUGCCUGAUGAAGAAGUGGAGCCAGAACCAGCAUCAGACAUUGAACCAGCUGCCAGUGUGGAGCAGGACUCCAUGAUAGAGUCAGGUUCUGUAACUGAUGCAGAAUCAGCUGUAGCCACUGAGGAAGUCCCUGUUUCAGCCCAAAGUUCAGAUACUUCCAUGGUCUUGGAUUCAGAGGCUCCAUGCUCUGUUACCUGUGAGGAACUGCUGCAGCACAAGAGCUUCGUGAAGGUUACCAAGAGGCAGGAGAAAGAGAUGAAAGACCUGGAAAAGAAGUUCCAGAGGAAGAGCGAGGAACUUACUCAGAAAUAUAGUGACCUCUUCAAAUCUCUCAAGAAGAAGUCCUCACUCAAGAAGAAAGAGGCAGAUACUGAAGGUGUGGAUGCAGUGCCCAAAGCAGAGCAAAUCACUGAGCUCAAACAGAGGCUGCAGACAGAGCUUCGGGCCCUAUGGGUGGAACAAUAUGAUCAGCUAAAAAAGAAGAAAGAGCAAUUUGCCACUGAGCGUUUGGCAAAGCUGCUAGAGAUGGCUACAGAAAGACACUCUAGUGAACUGAAGGCACUGAACAGUGAAAAUAAAGAGGGUAAAAAGAAAGAAUCAAAGCAGUCAGGUUCCAAGAAGAGCAGGCUGAAGAGUAGCAUGAGCAUGGACCAACUCGACAAGGACAAUGAUGGCCAGUCUAUAGGCAGUGGUAGAGAUUCAGCACAGGAAAAGAGCCUAAGGAAGAAGCAGACUGCCACUCUGGCUGACAUCAGGCUAGUGACCAGCCAGCUGAAUCAGGAAGCUGUGUCAGAUCAUGUUAAGAAGAUGUGGGCUCUGCCAUGUGACCUCCGGGAGGCAGUCAACAGCUGUGUGAGCCCUCACUUCCCUGAGCAGGUGGACAAGAUCGGGGAAUCCAGGCCAGAGCAUGGAGGACACUAUGGCCAUGUCUUCCUUGGCUGAAGUCCGGGUAGUUAUUUGGCUGCUACAGGCCCAGUGGUCCAGGAUCUCAUGGUAGAGUACACUGAUCUUUCAGUAACUUAUUUUUAUCUUCCUUUUUGUUCACCAUGCAAAAUGUUAAUAUAGUCUUUAAAUGAAUUGUCUCUUUGGAUGUGAAAUGGUUUUCCCCAGACGUUUGUGGUGGUAGCUGUGGGUAGUUUUGUAUGCAGUGUCUCCAAUAUGUAUGAGAGGUGGAGGGGUGGAGUCCUGGUUACAAGCUCAAUACCUGUAGUGCUGUUAUGUUACAGGAAUGUGAAUUUUAUUUUUAACAUAUAUGAAGUGUUUGUUACAGAAUAGUUCUAUGGCCUCCUUAUAGCUUCUGUCACAGGGACAUAGUUUUAUGGUCUUUGUUUAUAGUAUGACUGUUACAGAUAUCUAUGGUCUCAGAUUAGCUCCUCCAGAGCCACUGUCACAGGGGCAUAGUUCUAGCGUCUAGGGUUGUUUAGGACCACUAUACAUUUGUAUGCUAUCAGUCUGGAAAUGAAAUUUGUAUCACCCUAAUUAAUAUUAUUAAA